AUGUUGUAUCUGACCACCGGAGUAUGUGAUCGGGCUGGGACUGUCGAUAUUUCUGAGUCUCUCUCAACUGAACAGUUACAACGGCCGCUCAAAAAAGGAGACAAAAUACGAAUUCUUGAUCUCCUGGAUGUACCUGUCUUCUUCGAAGUGAAAACGGACGAUUUUCAGGCCCACCGGCGCAUCGGCAACGUAGUUUAUACAGCACAAGAGCCAAUCUUGCAAUACGUCUCCUACCAGUCUCUCAAAAGGCGAAUUGAAUCAGCCUGUGAAAGCCCCAAUUUGGCGUUCUGUAGCCUGCGCAUUCAACAUACCCUAAUCGGUCGUAACACGAUUACUGGUGAGCCUGAAGCAGACUUUAAAUCUAAGUCAAUGAAUGAAGUCCAUCGUAUAUUUGCUGCCGCUCUUCAGAUAUGGGAAGAGAGCAGUAUAUGGGCAGAAAUCAAAGACAUUCUAUCAUCUGCAGCUACUGCAGACAAGAUAACCAAGAUCAUCGGAUUCAGAUGCGGGAGAAUGCCUGCUUCAGAUGAUGUGCCUCACACGUCAUACAACGCUGCUUUUCAACAUGCAUUGCUCCUGACGCUGCAACAGUUUGUGGAGGAGAGUUGGGGCCAUGAAGUUAUAUGCGCUGUCCCGGACCCCGCCUACACCGACUGGGAUAUAUAUCCGUUCUUCGCUCUUCUGGAAUUAAUGUCCUGA